AUGACCGACGCGAUGGACACCGACUCGUCGUCUGGGACGAAACGAAAGGCGGAGGAAGACCCGGAAGAGUCUCGUGCUCCUCGUCGAAUCCGAGCUCUUGACCCCAAGGUCGUCAACAAAAUCGCUGCGGGCGAAAUCAUCGUCGCCCCGGUGAACGCCUUGAAGGAGCUGAUUGAGAACGCUGUCGAUGCAGGCGCCACCACCCUCGAGGUCUUGGUCAAGGAGGGCGGCCUGAAACUGCUGCAAAUCACUGACAAUGGACACGGCAUCCAGCGAGAUGACCUCGAGAUCCUCUGCGAGCGUCACACAACCUCCAAGCUCUCUUCCUUUGAAGACCUCACCUCCAUUGCCACAUACGGUUUUCGAGGCGAGGCCUUGGCAAGUAUCAGUCACAUCGCCCACCUCUCAGUCACCACCAAGACCCAAGACUCCAGCUGCGCAUGGCGUGCACAUUACCUAGAUGGUGCAUUAGCACCGGCCAAACCAGGCCAGUCGGCCGAGCCAAAGCCCACGGCCGGCCGUCAAGGCACCCAAAUCAGCGUCGAAGAUCUCUUCUUCAACGUCCCCACUCGUCGAAGAGCCUUCAGAUCGCCUGCGGAGGAGUACAACAAAAUCAUCGACGUUGUUGGCCGCUACGCCAUCCACUGUAAGGGAGUGGGCUUCUCGUGCAAGAAGCACGGCGAGUCGGGUACAAGCGUUUCCAUACAAGCUGCUGCGAGCGAAGUCGACCGCAUCCGCCAGAUUUACGGAUCGAGCGUCGCCAAUGAGUUGAUGGAAUUUUCCACCGGCGAAGACCGUUGGGGCUUCAAGGCCAAUGGCUGGGCAACCAACGCCAACUACCACAUCAAGAAGACCACGCUGCUCUUGUUCAUCAAUCACCGCUCUGUUGACUCGGGAAAUAUCAAGAAGGCUCUCGAGCAACUGUAUGCCACAUUCCUUCCCAAGGGUGGUCGCCCCUUCAUCUAUCUAAGCCUCGAAAUCGACCCAUCUCGCGUCGAUGUCAACGUUCAUCCUACGAAACGAGAGGUUCAUUUCCUCAACGAGGAUGACAUCAUUCAGUCGAUUUGCGAGCAUAUCCGGUCAAAGCUUGCCCAGUUUGAUACCAGCCGCACAUUCAUGACGCAGAGCCUGUUGCCAGGCAGACAGUUGAUGGAUAUAUCACCACAACCUGACAGCGAAGGCACUCCAGUCACACCGGCGAGAGAAACGCCAGGCUCCAAGCGGCCGCGAAGGAACUCUAACAGUCUUGUUCGCACCGAUACGAGCGUGCGAAAAAUCACCAGCAUGCUCCCUGCCGCAUCCGCGGCAACGCCGUCCAAAUCUUCGCCAGCGGCCGAUGAUAACGUCUUGUCCGCCGCGGAGAACAUUCGGUAUGAAACAAUCGACAGGCCCCUGGCGCCCAUGAAGCUCAGCAGCGUGAAAGAGCUUCGUGCUGAGGUCAGAGAAGACAUGCACAAUGACCUCACCGAAAUUUUCGCCAACCACACGUUUGUCGGUAUUGUCGACGAACGCAGGCGGUUAGCUGCCAUACAAGGCGGCGUGAAGCUGUACCUAAUUGACUACGGCCGCGUCUGUUACGAGUACUGUUACCAAGUUGGCCUCACCGACUUUGGGAACUUUGGCAUGAUCAGUUUCACUCCUCCGCUCGACUUGCGGGAGGUCCUCUGCAUAGGUGCCAAGAUAGAAAAGGACAACCUCGAGUCACCCGAGGACGACUUUGAUGUUGAAGAGGUCGUCGAGAAGGUCGCUGCGCAGCUUAUCGAGCGACGUGAGAUGAUAAGCGAGUACUUUUCUCUGGAGAUCAGCCCAGCGGGCGAGCUGCUUACCAUACCACUUCUGAUCAAGGGCUACACCCCAGCCAUGGUCAAGUUGCCGCGAUUUCUGCUGCGUCUCGGGCCCUGCGUCAAUUGGAACGACGAGAAGCCAUGUUUUGAGACUUUCUUGAAAGAGUUGGCGACUUUCUACGUGCCCGAGCAGCUACCGUCUACAGUUGGGGGUGAGGAUGGGAACGAAGCGGAGGAUACCCUGGAUGAAGAGACGCUGACUCGGCGCAGAAAUGUGCGCUGGGCCAUGGAGCAUAUCUUUUUCCCUGCAUUCAAGGCGAGGCUUGUUGCCACAACAUCGCUAAUGAAGGCUGCUGUGUUGGAAGUCGCGGAUCUAAAGGGACUGUACCGGGUGUUCGAGCGAUGUUGA